AUGACCGAGGACGAGGCAUCUUCCGACAAAGACUCGCCUUCUGAGGAAGCUGAUGCUCACGCGAGAGAGGUCCUGGCCAGGUUCGCGAAUCUUCCCGAGCUCCCCGUAUCUAAAGAUUCUGAAGAUGAGUCGCCUUCUGACGAAGACUUUCAUUCAGACAGGGACUCACCUUCCGAGGAAGAUGAUAUUUACCCGAACGAUAGCGCGUCCAUGAGGAUUUAA